AUGGCGAAGUGCAAGCAAAUUUGUAAAGCGACAGAUUGUGCUACAAUUGCGAACUCGGAUAGUACAGAAAAUAGUGCAAGCGCGUCUUCAAAAACAAGUGAAAUGACCAACCAAGSGUUUGUAAAAUUAGCUGCGCUUCAAAUACCGCAAUUUUCCGGAGCGUAUACAGAUUGGGCGUCAUUUCAUGAUAUUUUCUCGGCAUUGGUUCACAAAAAUGAGUCGUUGAAUGAUAUCCAGAAGUUUUUUUAUUUGCGCUCAUCGUUAUCAGGGGACGCCGAAAACGUAAUAAAUUGUCUGCAAACCACGGCCGAUAAUUAUAAAGUGGCGUGGGAAAGUUUGAUAGAACGUUACGAUAACAAAAAGGUUCUAAUACAAGUGCAUACACAGGCUAUAUUCGAUUUGGAACCAAUUAAAAAAGAAUCUUCUUAYCAAUUACGCCGAUUAGUAGACGCGUUAAUAGGACACAUGAAGGCAUUAGAAACAUUAGGAGAAAACCCAAGACAGUGGGGAUCAUUAUUAAUGCAUUUAAUAGUAUCUAAAUUGGAUGCGAGAACAAUGAGAGAAUGGGAAGUCACAUCGUCCAAAACGGAAGUUUCCAACAUUUCAAAUCUUACCGACUUUUUACAAUCGAGAUUUCGAGUAUUAGAGGCAGUGGAGACGUCUCAACAAAUCAAUGCGUUAACAUUUGAAAACCAUAAUCGCAAAACAAAUGCGAACAAACGGAUAAAAUCGAACGUGUUUGCCGCCACCGGCGAAGUAAAAUGUUAUUCGUGUAAACAAGCACAUACUAUAUAUCGUUGCCCAUCGUUCCUCGGGUUGACGAUCUCGGAUCGCAUAAAAAGAAUAACCGAAUUAAAAUUAUGCAAAAUAUGUUUAAGGCCACAUAAUGAUGGUGAUAAGUGUCAAUCAAGACGCUGUACAAUAUGUUCGCGCCYGCAUAAUAGCCUAUUGCAUCUACCCCGUACCGAUAAACCUGUCAGACAAGUCACGUCGCAUAGCGAGGUCAGUGACCGCGACGACGAAAAGGAUGACAAAAAUAGUAACGCUCCGGUCGUAUCGGUGAGUGCGUAUGCGUAUCGCAAAAACAAUGACGUUCAAAUUUUAUUAUCAACGGCAACCGUGAUGGUUUAUAAUAACAAUCGUCAACCGACAUAUUGUCGUGUACUGUUGGACAGCGGGUCGCAACAUAAUUUUAUUACAGAGGCCCUGGCACAACAAUUACGACUAAAACGCACAAGAACGUCAUGUGCUGUUAUCGGUAUUAACGAAUCCAUGCAUUCCGCAUCUCAUAUAGUAAACACGAAUAUAAAAUCACGCGUAACAAACUAUUUAUCAAAUUUAGAUUUUUAUGUUUUACCUAAAUUAACUACUAAUUUACCAUCAAUGCCCGUCGCAACGUCAAAUCUUAAAUUACCUGCGGGGCUGGCGCUAGCAGACCCCACGUUCGGCACACCACAAGCAAUCGACAUUAUAUUAGGUGCCGAAAUAUUUUUCGAUUUAAUUAUUAAUGAACAAUUACGUCCAAUACCCAACGGACCAGUUUUACAGAACACGCGAUUAGGAUGGAUUAUUUCCGGUCCGGUACCGCACUCGAAAGUUCGAAAUACGAACGCUAGUAUAUCGCUGUUUACGCAUAUUUCACCAAGCCUACCAACACUCGAAGACCAAAUGGCUGCAUUUUGGCGGCUCGAAGAAAUAGCACCCGGUCAAUCAUACAAUAUGGAAGAGCGUGCGUGCAAGCAGCACUUCGAAAAACACGUCCAACGCGAUGAUAACGGACGUUUUAUUGUUGUAUUGCCAUUUAAGACGGCGUUUAAUUUAGGAAACUCAUAUGAGAGAGCCUUACGUCGAUUUCUGUCGUUAGAAAGGCGUUUGCAAUCGGACACAGGMUUGAAAAACGACUACAUCAAAUUCAUGAAUGAAUAUAUAGAACUCGGGCACAUGUCGAUUACGAACUCCGUUUCAGCGGCGGAUCAGUGUUAUUACUUACCGCAUCAUGCCGUGUUUAAAGAUA